AAAACUCUGCACCUUCUAGCCUUAUACCUCUUCCUAUUGGAAGAACCACCUUACCCAUUCCAACCCAAAACACAACACCACAAUGUUGAUCUCGAGUGUAUAACUCUCGGCCCAAAUCACCAAAGCACUCCGAUUGACCAAACACAGAAGUUAACAUCCUGUACCCUAUCAGAACUUUGAGCAGAAUCUAUAUCAAAAACAAGGUUAUUCCUUUUCUUCCAGACACAAAAAAUUACUGCACUCCAUAUAACCAUCCAUAUAUUGCAUUCAGCUGAAGACCUUCCAAUGCCCGAGUGUAGCCAAAAAUGAUCUUCAAGUGAUUCCGAGUGGACACAUCAACUCAGCUUCAUCUGUGAUAAUUCCCCUCUUCCACGAGUUAUCUUUAGUGGGAAGCCUAUCUCUCAAUGUUCUCCAGGAACUUUACUUGUAGCAAGCAAUUGUAACGCAAGCUUCUUCCUUUUCCCAUUUCCCCCUCAAAGUUUGCGACUUUUGAGAUUCUCAUGGCCUUCCAACUCAAACCCGAACCUGGGUCUCCGCCUAUGUCCACUUCCACCACCCAGAAAAACUACAAAGAAAUGAGCAUUUCUCAGCUUGUCUCGGUUUUGCGUGUUUCGUUUCAAACGGAGGAUUUUGAUAAAGUUGAGGAAGAAUUGGCGAACAGGGACGCCAAACUUAAGGCGGAGAUUGAGCCACUCCGGGAGAAGAUCGAGGUGGAGAGGCUCAAGAGGAUUGAAGCCGAAGAAAAACUUAAAAAUAGAGAUGAGCAAUGCGAAAAGGGGAAAAGAGCACAGCAAAACUAUGAGCAGUUGUUGAAGGAAGUGAAGAAAAACGGUUUGGUUGAAAAAAACACGAUUGAGGAGUUAAGGCAAAUGAGCCUCGCUUUACAACGUGAAAAUUGUGAGCUGAAGGGCUUAAAGAAAAAAUGGCUAGAUGAUGGCAAAUCUGUGGGUGAACUUAGGAGCAGGAUCAGUGUGUUGGAGGAGGAGAAGAGUGCUCUUGAUGCCCUUAGCACCAAGAACAGUGAAUUGAAGGAAGCAAUCAAGAUUAAAUUGACCGCCAUAGAGGGUUUGAGGACCGAAAACUGUAAAUUGGCAGAUGAGAAGCGCAGACUUGAGACAUUGAUGGAGAAUUUAGAGAGGAAAUUUGCGGAAAUCGGUGUCAAGAUUGUGAAGUUGGAAGAUGCAACACAGUCUUUGUUAGAUGGCUUAAAAGCUGAAGGAAUUACUGUCAAUGUUGAAGAGGUUGGUGACUACAAGCUUGAAAAUGACACUGGGGGCCAUGUUCCCUUCCAAAGGAAUGAAGAUACUCGUCACUCAAUUGAUGCUCAGUCUCUUAGCAAAGGGAAUAAGGAUGCUCUAGGUGCAUCAGGGUUCAAAUUGGAAUUGGAAAAUGAGAUCAUAAACCUAGAUGAUGAUGAUGAUGAUGAUGAUGAUGAUGAUGAUGAUGGGUGUACAUCAAAAGGAUUGCAUGGAAAGAAAGUCAUUUCUCAAAUUAUUGCAGAAAAUGAACAUCCAAGUUCAUCGGAUGCAAUCCAGCACAAAAGCAUUUUUACAGAAGCACAAAGGUUUGAAGCAAUCAAAAGAAAAUGUUUAUCUGACACGCAGAGUUCUACUUCCACAUCUUCUGAUGACGAUGAUUCAUUUGAGUUUGACGAAGGUAAUCCCCCCAAGAGAAGAAAAACUGCACCAGACAGUUCUGGAGUAAACUCUUUGCCAAGUUACUUCCUCACUCGCAAAAUCUAGAGCAGGAGGUUCCCAGCCAAUCUUAUAUGCAGAAGUUUGGAUUAGUUCUUAGUUUUAAAAAUAUACACAUGUUGGAAUCGUAUAUUGCAGAUAUGGUAGUCACAGUAUGUUUGUAUUUAUCAAAUGUACUUUAUUUAUCUGAUAAAUUCUAUGUUAUCUACUAUAUGUGUUUAAUUAUGUACGGAUGCAUAACGAUAUAUGUAGAGAAACUGUGCAUUCCAAUAUCUAGUAACGUCCAUAUCUUUGCUUA